AUUCAGCCUUCCGUGGUGCUUCGCACAUCAAGUCAGCAAGAAAUAUUAUUUAGUAUAGGACUUUCACUAGCUCAGGGGUUACGAGCAGGAGGAAUUACAGGAUUUUGAGUGCUGCAUUAAGUAGAUCUAAGCAAGUGAGCAGGUUAAUUUGUUCAGUUGCCACAGAGGCUACACCUAAGCAAGUUGAGGAAUCACAAAUGGAUGGCCCAAAAGAAAUAUUUCUGAAGGAUUACAAAUUGCCAUAUUAUUAUUUUGAUACGGUGGAUCUGAAAUUUUCACUGGGCGAGGAGAAGACCUUUGUCAGUUCAAAGAUAAGCGUUAUUCCCAGAGUUGAAGGUUCUUCAGCACCGCUGGUUCUGAAUGGACAGGAUUUAAAUCUAGUUUCUGCCAAGGUCAAUGAGAAGGAGCUGAAGGAUGGGGAUUACCUUUUGGAUUCACGCCAUCUGACUCUUCCAUCACCACCAAGCAGUGUAUUCACAUUGGAAAUUGUUACUGAAAUCUAUCCUCAGAAAAACACAUCAUUAGAGGGCCUCUACAAGUCAUCUGGGAACUUCUGCACUCAGUGUGAAGCAGAGGGUUUUCGUAAGAUCACGUAUUAUCAGGACCGCCCUGAUAUUAUGGCAAGAUAUACUUGCCGAAUUGAAGCUGAUAAGGCUCUAUAUCCUGUGUUACUGUCUAAUGGGAACCUUGUUGAGCAAGGCGAUCUUGAGGAUGACCGCCAUUAUGCCCUUUGGGAGGACCCCUUCAAGAAGCCAUGCUACUUAUUCGCGUUGGUAGCUGGGAAGUUGGAGAGCAGAGAUGACUCAUUCAUUACUCGUUCUGGACGUAAAGUGUCCCUUAGGAUUUGGACUCCUUCGCAGGACCUGCCUAAGACUGGACACGCCAUGUAUGCACUUAAAGCAGCUAUGAAGUGGGAUGAGGAUGUUUUUGGUCUCGAGUAUGACUUGGAUCUCUUUAAUAUUGUGGCCGUUCCAGAUUUUAACAUGGGAGCCAUGGAAAACAAGAGUCUGAAUAUUUUCAAUUCAAAGCUUGUCUUGGCAUCUCCAGAGACUGCCACAGAUGCUGAUUAUGCUGCAAUUUUAGGAGUUAUUGGCCAUGAGUAUUUUCACAACUGGACUGGCAACAGAGUUACGUGUCGCGACUGGUUCCAGCUCAGUCUAAAGGAAGGGCUCACUGUUUUCCGUGAUCAAGAAUUCUCUUCUGACAUGGGAAGCCGAACUGUAAAGCGGAUUAGUGAUGUUUCAAAGCUUCGUAUUUAUCAGUAUCCACAGGAUGCUGGUCCAAUGGCUCAUCCUGUGCGGCCACAUUCUUACAUCAAGAUGGACAACUUUUACACAGUCACGGUGUAUGAAAAGGGAGCUGAAGUUGUGAGGAUGUACAAGACCUUGCUGGGUAGUCAAGGUUUCAGGAAGGGUAUGGAUCUGUACUUUCAGAGACACGAUGGUCAGGCUGUCACCUGUGAAGAUUUCUUUGCUGCAAUGAGGGAUGCAAAUGAUGCAGAAUUCUCCAAUUUCUUACUAUGGUACUCGCAAGCCGGGACCCCCAUGGUAAAAGUGACUUCGUCCUACAAUGCUGAAGCUCAUACUUUCUCCUUGAAAUUUUGCCAAGAGGUACCACCAACUCCAGGGCAGCCAGUUAAAGAGCCGAUGUUCAUUCCCGUGUCGGUUGGUCUACUGGACUCGACUGGCAAGGACAUACCUUUGUCCUCCGUACAUCAUGAGGGGACACUGCAAUCUAUAGCAAAAGAUGGUCAGCCAGUCUACUCUACAGUUCUUCGUGUUACCAAGAAAGAAGAAGAAUUUGUGUUUGCUGAUGUCCAUGAGAGGCCAAUCCCAUCUCUCUUGCGGGGUUUCAGUGCUCCUAUUCGCCUUGAAUCUGAUCUGGCAGAUAGUGACCUCUUUUUCCUCCUUGCCCACGAUUCGGAUGAGUUCAACCGUUGGGAAGCCGGGCAAGUACUGGCCAGGAAGCUGAUGCUUACCUUGGUUGCCGAUUUCCGACAAAAGAAACCAUUGGUUUUGGACCCCAAAUUCGUUCAUGGACUUGGAAGCAUCCUCCGUGAUCCAAGUCUGGACAAAGAAUUCAUUGCGAAGGCAAUAACUCUUCCUGGUGAGGGGGAGAUAAUGGACAUGAUGGAUGUUGCAGAUCCUGAUGCAGUAUAUGCUGUUCGAGUAUUCAUCAGGAAGCAGAUAGCUCAGGAGUUGAAGGGUGACUUAAUAAGCACGGUUGAAAAUAAUAGAAGCUCAGAUGUGUAUGUGUUUAACCAUGACAACAUGGCAAGGAGGGCUCUGAAGAACACUGCCCUUGUAUAUCUGGCUGCACUGGAUGAUCCCGAGUGUACUGCCCUUGCUAUGCAUGAGUACCAAACUGCCGCAAAUAUGACCGAACAAUUUGCAGCUUUGGCGGCAAUUGCCCAGAAUCCUACUAAAACUCGUGAGGAGGUUCUAGCUGACUUCUACAGCAAGUGGCAGCACAACUCCUUGGUGGUGAAUAAAUGGUUUGCUCUUCAAGCAACGUCUGACAUUCCUGGUAAUGUUGAGAAUGUCCGGAAUCUCUUGAACCAUCCGGCAUUUGAUUUGCGUAAUCCAAACAAGGUAUACUCGCUCAUUGGCGGGUUCUGUCGUUCUCCUGUGAACUUCCACACGAAGGACGGUUCAGGCUACAAGUUCUUGGGAGAAGUAGUGGUGCAACUAGACAAGAUAAAUCCUCAGGUCGCGUCCCGCAUGGUCUCUGCCUUCUCAAGAUGGAGACGCUACGACAAGACGAGGCAGAACCUUGCUAAGGCACAGUUAGAGAUGAUCAUGUCUACCAAUGGACUGUCCGAGAAUGUUUUUGAGAUCGCCUCGAAAAGCUUGGCGGCUUGAACAUCAUCUCUCCUUGGUGUUCGCGUGUUUGCUAUGUCUUUGAGAAAGAACGAUCAUAAUAAGUGCUUAAUCUCUUUGCCCGGAAACAACUGCUGCACGCUGUAUUUGCGGUGGAAAUUAUGUAUGGGGAUGAUGAUGUGUUAAGAAGGGAAAGUUCAGGAGACUCUGGCUGGGUUGAUUUUUAAUACAUAUUCCAUUGGCACUUUUAAAAGUAAGAGGAUCAACAAAGAGUGAUACACUCACUU